CGUAGCUUCCCUUACAAUACAAAAAUCAUGUAAUUAUAUAUAUAUAUAUAUAUGUAUGAAAUUACAAAUUUGUUCCCUUUAGAUCAUGGUAUUGUGGCCAUGGUUGGAGCCACAAGAUCCAUAAUGAAGAAGCAACAGCAACAGCAAGAACCGGAGCCAUUGAAGUGUCCGUGGUGUGAUUCCACCAAUACAAAGUUUUGUUAUUACAACAACUACACGAAGUCACAGCCUAGGCAUUUCUGCAAGGCUUGUAAGAGGCAUUGGACCCAAGGUGGCGCUCUCUGCAACGUUCCAGUCGGCGGAGGCCUCAAGAACAAACAGCUGAAGACAUCGAAUGCCCGCAAAACCACCACUGCCAUGCCAAUUCAAUGGCGGCGGCAGCAGCAAGGAGCUUCCGGUACCAUCUUCAUUGCAGCAGAAUCCUCUCGAUUGCAGCUACAGGGAGGUGUUCUCUUUCCCGAGUUUGGAUUCGUUCGACACGACCACGUCUUUGAUAUCGACCUCGUUUCAACCACCGAGCACUGAUGACUACACUGGAGAACCGAUGAAGGAUCCGAGUGGCAAUGUUUCACGGACAUGGCAAGUGCCUGUUGCUAGUAAUGGCAUGGACAUGGCAAAUGUGUGGAAUUUGGAUGAUGUUGAUGCACUUGUCUCAACUGACAUCAACAUAUCAUGGGAUGAUGAUGAUUCUGAGAUCAAAUCAUGAUUUUUUGUUUCAGAUUCACCUGAUCUCCAGGUUCUAGUUGUACAUCUUUUGUACACUUUACAUACUAGUUUUUCUCUUAUGGGGGAUAUGUCAUGUAUGUGAGAUGGGGGUCACUUUCCAGCUAUGCCGAGCAAACUGGAUGUGAUGGAAGUUUCUUGUGGAUAUGCAUAUGUCUGAGUACAUGAUGUGGGGCCACUUCUUGAGAAAUCAUUCCU